CCCGCCGGGAUGGCGGCGGCGCGGGGCGGGCGCUGAGGCCGGGCAGGAGGAUGGCGGCGGCCGGGGCGCGGCCGGAGCUGCGUGUGCUCCUGGUGCCCCGCUCGGGGCAGCCGCGGGACGCGGCGCGGGUGCGGCUGAGCCGAGCCCGGCACGCCCUGGGCACCGUGCUGCCGGCCGGAGCCAUCCGCCUGGAGUCGCUGGGGCCGGGCGGGGCCGGGCGGGCCCGGGGCAGCGUCCUGCCGGGAGCCUGGGCCGACUUCGUGUGGGACAGCUCAGAAGAUGAUGGUUCACAAUCCAGCGAGACAAAGCUCCUGGCUCUUGCUCAAAGCCAUGACCUGUUUGUCUAUGAAUUCAGCGUAGAAGAUGGAAAACACAACCCGAGUUCCCUGCACAGUUGUGAGGCAGAGACACUUAAAAAGCUCCUUGAAGCCAAAAACAUAAGUCUGCCUUCAAUUUCCUCUGUGAAGAUUCUGUCUUUUGGAAACAACAAGUUCAAACUUCUGCUCAACCAGUCUGUCCUUGUGCACCUGACCUUUCCUGGGGAGGACUCACCCCCAGAGACCUGUGGCUGCUUCCCCCUGGCUCUGCCUCCAGGAGCUGUGGGCAGAAUUGCAGACUCCCAGUUCUGCAGGGGGAUCCUGUUCCUGUUGGACAGUGCUGGCUGGAUUUACCUAUUUGACUGCUGUGAUGGAGCCACCCUGGGGAAGGUGGCUGUAGCCCUGGGAGCUGCCCAGGGCCCUGUGUCCCCCCUGGCUGCCCUGGCAGUGUCCCCUGACCUCAGCACGGCCGUGGUGACCAGCAGCUGCCAGCGUGCCCUGGCUGUGCAGCUCAACACCUACUUCAGACAAUUCCCUGAACAUUUGCUCUGUAAGAGAGAUCCUGAAAAUCUUGCAGUGAAGCCUCCAGAGGGACUGGACGAGGAUGAGCUGGCCAGUUCUGAGCACAGCAUGGAGCUCCUGUCAGCACCUUUCCGCACAGACAGGUCCUGGAAGGCACACCUGUCCUCACUGUGGGACAGAGUGAGGGGAAGGAGAACACCAGGCUCUCCAGGUUUGGUGAACGACUUGAAUUUGCCUUGGUAUCAGUUCUUGACCCAUCUUGAAGAUCACGAUCCUGAAGUCUGUGAGGAUCCAGAGAGGAUGGUGGCCUUUGUCCCCCGGGCUGUGACGUGGGCAGCUUCCCCAGCCCUCCAAGGCCAGCCCGGGGCUGCAGGACAGCAGUGGGCACAAAUCCCCGUGGGAGCAGCCCAGGAGAUGGUGAAGCUGGAGUGCAAACUGGUGACUGGAGCUAAGGCUGUGUUUGUGCUGCAGGCACAGGGCACGGGGCUGUCUCUGGCGCUCUGGGAUUUUGAGUCCCAGGACGUGACGUGUUCCCACUUUGGCAGGAGCAGUGCCUACGUGGAGUGCAGUGCAGAGCUGCCACUGUGUCUGCUGCUGACAGAGCGUGGCCUGUCCCUGGUCCUGUUUGGGGUCACUCAGGAGGAGUUCCUGACCAGGCUGAUGAUGUUUGGCAGCGCUGCAGUGGUGGAUUCCCUGUGCCACCUCAAUGGGUGGGAGAGGUGCUCCAUUCCCAUCCAUGCCCUCGAGGCAGGGUUGGAGAAUCGCCAGCUGGACACAGUGGACUUGUUUUUAAAAAGCAAAGAAAGUGGUUUCAGUCUGUCUGCAGCCUGCCCUGGGCCUGAGCACCCUGGGGGUGCUGCCUCCCAGUCUUACCUGAGAAAUCUGGAGGAGCUCAGGCCAGCUCUAAACUUGCUCUGCUCAGCAAUCCAAGACAAUGACAUGGAGCCUCACAGCAAGCCCUUCUCUGAGCAGCUCCUGAACCUCACCCUGACUUUCCUCACCAAGCAGCUGGAGGAAAUCUUUGUGCACACAGAGGAACCUGACGAGUUCCUGCAGAAGGCUGCAGAUAUUUUAACUGAUUACAUCAUCAGACUGAGGAAAUUCCUGAGGAGAUACCCUCACCCAGCGGUGACCCCAGGGCACACGGGAGCUGAGCUGGAUGAGGACCUGCCUGAGAUAGAAGAGAGCCAAAAAUGGGAAAAACUGACACCAGAGGAAGUCAUUGCUGAGGCCAUCCUUAGCAACAAAAUCCCAGAGGCCCAGAUCUUCUUCAGAAGGCAGCAGCAUCCUGCUGAGAGCCUGCAGGAGUUCAUGCAGACAGGUUUGAGCCUGGUCUAUGACUGCCUGCUGAGGGGCAGCCCCAGGGAGGCCUCGCAGCUGCUGAGGAACAUGGGCUUGGACGUGAGGCAGGAGCUGCACAAGAUCUGCUUCCACACGCAGGACAGGCACGUCAGGGAGCUCCUGGUGAAAGUCUUACAAGAAGAAAAUUAUUUUUCUGAAAAAGAGAAGAAAAUUAUAGACUUUGUGCAUCAGGUUGAAAGAUUCUACUCGGAAUCCUUCCAGGAAAAGGAAGAGACUCAGCCUCUUUCCAGGUGCAGCCGCUGGAGGAGGCAGCAGGAGCUGGCGGGGCCGCGGGCAGUGCUGGGCUCCCAGCUGGGCCGGGGCAGCCCCCGCGCCCCCCGGCCCACGGUGACCCUCAGCUGGGCUCUCUGCUGGGACCAGCUGCUGCAGGAGAUGCUGCUGCUGCCCUGGACACCACGGCAAGAACUCAGGACCUGCAGUGCUGAGGUGCUCUGGAUGCACCUGACAGCCCAGCAUGACUGGUUGAGCAUUUGUUCCUGGAUUGAGGAGUCAGAGCCCAGCCAGGCUCCGUGUGACAGAGCUGCCUGGCCCCCCCUGAGACCUGACAUCGUGGACAGGAGCACUCUGUGCAGCCCCUACAUGAGACAGGACAUCCUCACCAAGCUGGCCAGAAAGGGGAUUUUUGUCCCUUCUGAGCUGGAAGAUUUUGAGCUGCUGCUCCAGAGGUUGUCUUGCCUGGGGGGAGUCCUGCAGAAUCCUCACCCUGUUCCAAAAUACAGCACUGCCAGUGGCCUGGACUUCCAUGCUCAGUUUGUGCUCCACUGCCUGGAGCACAGCCUGCAGUACCUGCUCUACACUUACCUGGACUACUACAGUUUAACCCCUUCAAACUGCCCUGUCCUGGAUGACAAGGAGCUGCAGGAAGCACAUCCCUGGUUUGAGUUCCUGGUGCAGUGCAGAGGGGUUGCCAGCAAUCCCCGAGAUCCCAAGAUGGUUUUCCAGGCCAGUCUGGCCAACGCUCAGAUGCUGAUUCCCAGCAGCCAGGGGGGUGUGAGCAGCAUCCUGCUGGAGGGCAGGACCCUGCUGGCCCUGGCCACCACGGUCUAUGGGCCUGGGGGCAUUGACCAGGUCCUUCAGAAUGAAGACACAGAAAAACCUCUACAGAAAGUUGAUCCACAGCUCUUGAAGAUGGCCUUGACCCCUUACCCCAAGCUCAAGGCUGCUCUCUUUCCCUCCUGCACUGCUCAUGGGAUUUUGCCCCCUGACAUCUCUCUCUACCACCUUCUGCAGUCAUUAAUGCCCUUUGAUCCCACGAAAUUGUUUGGCUGGCAGUCGACAAACACUCUUGCUGUGUCAGAUGCCUGGAGCGAGCUGCCCCACUUCUCCAGCCCCGAGCUGGUGAGCAGGCACGCCGUGCAGGAGAGGUUGGAUUUCCCGUUCUACCUGCUGCACGGCCGCCCCGCCUUCGCCUUCGGCACCUUCGUGGGGCAGCAGCUGGCCAGGAGCAGAGCCCCCAGGCAGCUGGUGCAGCAGGCAGCUCGGGAGGCCCAGCUGCUGGCCCUGAGCUGCCUGGGUGUCCCCUCGGUGGCCGCAGCCUGCGUGUGCUUCCUGGAGCUGCUGGGCCACGACAGCCUGGGGCUGCGCGUGGACCUCGGGGCUGCCAGCCUCCUGUGCAGCCACAGCUGCAGCAGGGACGCCUCUCCCCACGGCCUCAGCCGGGACUCCCUGGUGGAGAAGUUAACAAAGCUGGCUGAUGGUGAAAAGGCAGCAGCAGCAGCACUUCUGACCUCCUUGGAAGAGGCCUUCUGGGAUGCCAUUGAGCAGCAAGGCAUAAAGAGGACAUCCAGUGACUCCAGAAGGCAGUGGGCCUUGGUCAUGCAGUUCUGCAAGCUGCAUGACCUGGAGCUGAGCACGUCCUUCCUGAGGGAAUGUGCCAAAUCCAACGAGUGGCUGCAGUUCCUGAUCCAGACCCAGCUCCACGGCCACCAGCCAGCCCAGGUCAUUCCCCUGCUGCAGGACUUCCCUGCCGCGGUGCAGGAUCACCUGCUGCUGGCCCUGGGGAGGCUGCUGGGCGCCGAGGCAGGAGCUGCUGGCAGGGCCCGUGCAGGGAGCCUGUUCCAGACCCUGCUGCAGUGCCAGGAGCAGCCCAGCCCCUGGGGGUACCUGCUGGCCGAAGGGCUCCGGGCACACAGCCCCAUCCUCAGCGUGCUGGCAGCCUGCUGCCCCGAUGCCAACCUCGUCUCCUGCCUCUGUGUUUGGAUUGUCACUUCUGUGGAUGGUGCCACCAGGGCUGAGGCCACUGCCCACAGCCAGGCAGAGAGUCCCCAGUGGGACCUGCAGGACCUUGCUGUCAUCUGGAAAGUCCUCUUGAGGAAGCAGAAGAGUAAAACACUUCUGAAUGGCUUCCAGCUCUUUUUAAAGGAUUCCCCUUUGCUGCACAUCCUGGAGAUGUAUGAGCUGUGCAUGAACUGUAAGAAGUACAACGAAGCUAAAACCAAGCUGGACAAAUUUCAGGAAAGCCUCACAAAUCUGGGGGCUGCAGGGGGAGCAGCCCCCGCGGUGCCGCUGCCGUGGCUGCGCUCGCAGGCGCUCUUCCUCCUGGAGCUGAUGCUGCAGCAGUGCCACACCGACUACGAGCUGGGCAGGCUCCUGCAGCUCCUUGCUGCAGCACAGAGCCUGCUGCUGGAUGGUCCCCACCUGACGAGGCUCUGUGCCCUCAGUGAGGCCCUGAGGGACUCCUCCAUCUCCAUCAGCCGCUCCAUCCUCACCUCCUGCAGCCUGGAGGCGUUCCAGGCGGAGUGCAGCUCCAUUCUGGAGCAGCUGCAGGAGAAGGGAAUGUUCAGCCUGGCUCGGGAGGUGGCAGCCCUGGCUGAGCUGCCCGUGGACAGCGUGGUCACACACGAGGUACAGUGCACUUGGUGACAGUCACC